AUCAGAUUCGCGGAUAACGCUCCGACAACAAACAAAAGAUCGAGGCUAGCUGAGCUCAUUAUACUUUGUCGAUCCGUCUAGCCUCACGUUAGUUGUCACUUUGCUCUCAACAACGACCUUCUCCUCUGUCGUUGUAUCACUUUUCUCCCGACCCUGCGCGGCAGACACUCUUCUUCUAGUGUCUCCAUUCGUGGCUUUUUGUGUCAGCUAAUGUCAACCUGAGCCAUUUCAGCGAUCGCUUCGCCUUUGCUGGCCAAGCUAAACGCGCUUCGCCAGGUUAGCUUCUCGGCUAACCAGCUCUGGCUGCCUCUCAACGACACAGCGAAGCCAGUUAGCCUAGCCUGCUAGCUAGCUUUGCUAAAAAAAAACAAAAAAAACCUCCCUUUAAAAAAACUUGACACUGACUGACACAAGUGGCUCUGGCUUGUUCCUGACAAGCCAAUUUAGUAAAACUCGUGUCGUAGCCAUGUCUGGACAGUCGUCGGGCUGUGGGUUUCUGAUGUCGGUUGUUGUCCACGGAGACUCUGUUUUGAACGAGCAGGAAAAGGAGCUCAACCAGCGACUCCGACGGCUCUAUCCAGCCGUUAAUGAAAAUGAGACUCCGCUUCCUCGCUCCUGGAGCCCAAAGGACAAGUUCAGCUACAUCGGACUCUCUCAGAACAACCUCCGUGUACAUUAUAAAGGUCACGGGAAAACCCCAAAAGAUGCAGCGUCUGUCCGGGCCACCCAUCCCAUCCCAGCAGCCUGUGGGGUCUAUUACUUCGAGGUGAAGAUCAUCAGCAAAGGUCGAGACGGGUACAUGGGCAUCGGCCUCUCAGCUCAGGGUGUAAACAUGAACAGACUGCCUGGUUGGGACAAGCACUCAUACGGUUACCAUGGAGAUGACGGCCACUCCUUCUGCUCAUCCGGCACCGGGCAACCCUACGGACCCACAUUUACAACAGGCGACGUGAUUGGCUGCUGCGUAAACCUCAUCAACAACACCUGCUUCUACACAAAGAACGGCCACAGCCUAGGUAUUGCCUUCACAGACCUACCACCCAACUUGUACCCGACCGUGGGCCUGCAGACUCCAGGGGAAGUGGUGGACGCAAACUUCGGGCAGCACCCCUUCGUGUUCGACAUCGAGGACUACAUGCGUGAGUGGAGGACAAAGAUCCAGGCCCAGAUCGACCGCUUCCCCAUCGGAGAGCGCGAGGGCGAGUGGCAGUCCAUGAUCCAGAAGAUGGUGGCCUCCUACCUGGUUCAUCACAGCUAUUGUGCUACAGCUGAAGCUUUUGCCAAAUCCACAGACCAGGCCGUGCACGAGGAGCUGGCCUCCAUUAAAAACCGACAGAAGAUCCAGAAGCUGGUGUUGUCGGGUAGAAUGGGCGAGGCCAUCGAGACCACCCAGCAGCUCUACCCCAACCUCCUGGAGAGGAACCCAGACCUUCUCUUCAUGCUCAAGGUGAGACAGUUCAUAGAGAUGGUGAAUGGGACGGACAGUGAGGUGAGGUGUCUGGGAGGUCGUAGCCCGAAGUCUCAGGACAGUUACCCCGGCUCCCCUCGGCCCUUCAGCAGCCCCAGCCACAAAGCCAGCAGCUCCCAGCCCUACCUCCCAGGGUUCGACAGCAACUGCUGUAAUGGUGUGACGUCUAAUAAGAGCCACAGCUCCUCCCCUCACAGUCACAAGCCCUGCCCCCCAGGCUCUGGCUCCACCCCCCCAGCAUCUGACAUUAGCCUCAACGGGAGCCGCAGCCAACAGCCCAUAAGCAGUAGCGAUGUGGACAUGGAGGUUGACCACUUCACCAAUGGAGUGACAGAAUCUUCCUCCAACGGUUUCCUCAACGGCAGCUCCAAACACGCCACCGAGCCUGACGACUGUGAUGCAGACAUGGAGGUGGAGUCCGCUCAGUCUAAGAGGCAGCUGUGUGGCGGGAGCCAGGCAGCCAUUGAGAGGAUGAUCCAUUUCGGCAGGGAGCUCCAGAGCAUGAGCGAACACCUCCGCCGCGAGUGUGGCAAGAACUCGGCCAACAAGAAGAUGCUCAAGGAUGCAUUCAGCCUGCUGGCCUACUCAGACCCCUGGAACAGUCCAGUCGGCUACCAGCUGGACGCCAUUCAGAGAGAGCCGGUCUGCUCCACUCUCAACAGUGCAAUAUUAGAGACUCACAACCUACCCAAGCAGCCCCCCCUGGCCCAGGCCGUGGGUCAGGCCGCCCAGUGCCUCGCCAUCAUGGCACGAACUGGCAGCGGCUCCUGCGCCUUUGCCUCUGUGGACGAUUACCUGCACUAGCCCUGUACACACACACACACACACACACACACACACACACACACACUCUGACAAUGUGUCCAGAAAUGACUCCUUCCACCUCCUCCAUCAGUGUAGUGUCAUACUAGCCGAGGAGACGCUCCUCUGCACGAUAACAAGUAGUAGAAAGUUUCACCACCUCACUCGCUUCUUGUUGUGCAUUUACAGACCGGCACCAACUUCACCGAGGAUCAGGAGCCGUUUCUGGGCAGAUCGUUAGAUUGUGAACACACAGCGCACACAUUCAUAACACACACGCUCUCUCUCUCACACUCACACACACACACACACACACACACACACACACACACACACACACACACACAUCCCUCCCUUUCCAUCGUAAAUAUGAAAAUACGCCUCCACCUUGGUUGGCCUCGCAAACCCCCCACCUCCAGCCCGCCGAGGCUGCGACUGCAUCACUCUUGACUGACAGCGGGGGACGCCAGCCAAGAGUAGCCGACUUGAAAAUACUCGGAGAGCCGAACUCGUGUGGACUCGCUGCAGACACCCUGACCCCCGUAUACGCGGGGGCCUCAAACCAGGGCGUUGAUGGACAAAAUCCCCUGGUCAAAUAUAAAUGGAAAAUUAAAAUUAAAAAAAAAUUAAAAAACAACAAAAAAAGGAUACAGACGAGUGACCGCCAUGGCCCGACCACCCUUUAACGUGGUCCCCGUAAACCUGGCUUACCGGGCAAACGCGCACACACAUAACACACGCAAACAAGCGAACACGGAGGCUGAUGCUGAAUCCGGGAUGAAAAGUCCUUCUCCACCGAGGCUUGCUGAGCGCUCGACCUCCGGCCAACGCGAGGCUCCAUUAGGGACGGCCCGACCCUGUUCACCCCCUGCACCGACUCCCCUCCCCCCACUCACUUCAGGACAUGGGCGGAGAUUUGUGUGACGCAUGUGGACUCGGGACUUUCGAAGAAGCCGGAGAGAAUUUACAGUCUCGACUCAACGUUCCCUGUUUUUAAUCUUUUGUUUUGUUUCUCAUGGCGGAGCGGGGAGGGGUGGUGACCUGGCUUUGUUUUGUUUUUAGUUUUUUCCAGGUUUACAAGGCAUGGUGCAGACGAUGGAUUAUUAUUAUUAUUAUUAUUAUUAUUAUUAUUAUUAUUAUUAUUAUUAUUAUUAUUAUUAUUGUUACUUGCAUUCACAGUAUAUUUGUUGAGCGCCAGCAAGAGCAAGUUCCACCAACUUAUUAUAAUAAAGGUCCCGAUUCCACCGAUUGCCGAGCCGAGCGUGUGUACAUGUUAACGUUUAUAUAUGAAUUUAACAAAAUGGAAUUAUAUCAAUAGAGUGAGAUAUUUAGUUAUCAAAUGAAAGGAAAUCUUUGGAAAAAAAAAAACAAUCCUUUAAUGCUUUGUACCGACACCAGUGACUCCUGGUUGUUCUAGUCUGUACAAGUUUUUAUGUUUCCUGUGUCGGAGCCUCUGGGGUUCCUCCGCAGGUGGAAAGCUGAUAUUUGAUCUGUUGGGGAAAAAAACAGCUUUUUAGUCCCGAGACAGAGUUUUAGCACUUAAAUGUCACAUCGUGGAACCGUCAUUGCAGCCGAGCUAAAUUUAGCCUUCAACAGGGAAAAAACUUCUGACAAAGUCUGGAUGUGAAACCCUGCGCAGGAACCCUGUGAUGAUCUCUGACUCCGUUUUACUUGUUUACCCCCCCGAACCCCCCGCUGCACAGCAGGUUUGAUGCAAACACUGUCGAUCUUUAUUUUCGUAUCGAUGUCUAUGCUAAUCCUUAACCCUACAAAGAACUCAGGAGCCAAAAUGUCCCUUUGUUCCUCCUCCUCGGUUUAGAAUAGGUCCAGCCGAGCAGCUGACCAACCCCGGGCCUCGAUUACAGGCGGACUCGCCCUUUUUCUGUUUGUGGUUGUUGUUUAGCAGCACAGCGAUGGGCUUUUCACACUUGAACUCAGACCAGAAAAACAAGCAACAGCCUAACAGCUGCGUUUCAAGUCAAACUGAAGUUUCGAAUUCUUCUCACUGUUACGAUAAAGAUACUGCAGCUGUCAACAUUUCGUUUUUCAAAAGAGGAUAGACAUAUUUUUGGACGUGACUGUGUGAAGUCUCUGGUGGACGUUUUUAUCUUUUAAAUAACAACAGUCAACUUCUGUGGUGCGCUACUGAACAGGAAAUAGCACUACAUGUUAUUUUAUUUGUCCUGUCAGUGUUGAUUAUCAGCCUGACUCCUUGUGCUUUUAAGUUUGUGUUCCACUCAAAAAUAGGUGCUAACAAGUAAAGCUAAUUAAUUUCUACUCAGACAGACAGCUUGCUAACGUUAGCACAGAGACUCCUGCUAGAACCGUUCAGUCUUCAGCAGGGAUCAGAAUUUGGACCAAGAACACUGAGGAAAUUUCAGUUUGCUUUAAUGUUGUAAAGUGAAAUUUGCUGCAUUGUUUUUAUUUUCAGUUGUCUGAUAAUUAAAGGAACAGUUCACUCCAAAAAGAAAAUUAAUUUAUCUACUCAACCCCACACUGAUGGAAAAGUAGAGUUGGGCCGAUAUUAAUGUCUGAAAUUCAAAUCUUGACACAUCUGCUGAUGUAUUCAACCAACAAUAGAUUCCAGUUUAACAACAAGCUGAAUAGUCUAAAUUGACAGUAAAUAUCGACCAACCAACACAUCGGCCGAGCUCUCGUGAUCUCCGACCCUCAUGCUCAUGGAAAGUCAGGAGAAGUUUUGUAGUCUGCAAAACAUUUCUGGAGCUUCACAGCUAAACAGUGUUGCACUAAUCUCAUAAACAACGGAGCUUAUUUCAAAAUGUAAAAAAAUAUCUAGAAAAAAAUCGAAUAAAAGGAGAUCCUGAUCGGUUUAAAAAGACAUAAUUAACACCUGAGACCAACUGGGAUCCUGUUUUUCCUUCAGUCAGACUCUACGUUGCUCCCCAGUUAGUUACAGUUGCUGUCAGGUUAUUUAUUAUUUCUGAAGCUGCUGUAGAAAAAGCAUUCAGGUAUGAAAAGCCCUGAAGUCAAAGUGUCCACCUGCCCAUGUCCACCCAUCAUCAUCCCUCAGAGGCGAGUUCCAUGAGCUUUUUGUUGCCAGGUCCUCCUCCCGUCACGUUUCUUAGUGCUCAAAGCAUCAACGAGAAAAUAACACAAGAAUAACAAUAAAAUAAACAUUCAGUAUUGUCAGCUGCACUGUGGCUACCACAUUUAUAAAGUAAAAAACCAAAAACUUAAGAGACAUCGCAGCUGUGUGUUUGAAGCCUGUGUGUUCGUGCUCGCCACUUGCAGAGAAACAGGAAUGCCGAGGCUUUUUUUGCGAAACACGACCUCCAUCUUUUCCUCUCAUUCCCCCCCCAGGGGUCCGGAGUUGACUUCUCUUCUCACGGUGGAACCGAGCUUUUCUGUACCUUGGUUUGUUUCUUCUUUUUCUUUUCGGAUCGCAAGCAGUCACGGCAUCGUUUAGCAAACUUCUUAGACAAAGUGUCUGUUGUCUCUUUGAGUAAGGUCUGAAACCUAUGCAUGCCAUAGUAAAGUGGUGGUAAGAUCAAGUUAGAUGUCUCUUAUUUUAUUCUUUUUGUUUCUCCUUCUUUUAGCCAGUUCACGGUGUAUAAGGAAGAUGUCAACCAGUAAGUUGUCCACUGCUGACUGUGUGUCCAUUUGGAGAAAAAAAAAGUGCAAUUUGUGUGAGGGUGAAAAGAUUUAUAUUAAAAAAUGACAAAUGACGAAGGCA